AUGGGAAACGUACCAGCUAAGGAAUCAAGGAGCAGAUCAAACUCAUCGGCGUCUUUCCAAUCGGUGAAUGGGUCUAACACGUAUAAUACAUCCUCGUCCACUUACUCCGCCGGUGGUAACGGUGGUAGUGCUGGUACGGGUACGGGUACGGGUACUAAUCGCGGGUCAAGACACCGCAGAAACACCAGCUCGGCUUUAUACGGAGUAGUCACUGGAGGCCAAAACCAUCAUGGUCAUGGUCGCCAUCAGAGAUCCGCGUCUUCUGACUUGAGAAAGCAAAAAAGACAAGAGGAGAAGGACCAGAAACUUUAUCAUCACUACCUGAAUCUAAUAGUCAGACACGAAGAAAAUGUUGAUGGUGGCUACUUGGCCCCCUUUGGCACCUACAAGUCGAAUCUUGAUUACGACGUAGAUAUUGUUCGUUCUUUAAUCGUCAACAGAGAGCUUUCGCCAUUCUUUACACCAUUGCAGGACUUUGAUGAAAGCUGGACUGAUGAAGAGCUUUGCAUCCUCUUGUCGCAAUUGACCUUGCACGCCUUGGAGGAGCCAACAGGUUUACUAGACGAUGAAUACGAGGAGGAUGAUUUGGACAACCACAAGAUUCACAAAAGUUCAAAUUACUACAAAAGGCAAGAAGAAAAAGCCAAAUUAAAACUGUUGAUUUUGAAAAUGAAGGAGUUGCAAAAAGAAGAGGAGAACAAGUAUUUGAUGCACAAGAAGAUGUCCAACAAUACCAAUACCAAUAAUAAUGGUGGUAGUAGUAAUAAUAAUUACAAUUACAAUUACAAUCACAAUGGCAAACUACAGUGUCCAAGCAAUGACCUAUACCUAAAAUUAUAUCGGAAUGCAACAGAAUGCCCAAUUUGUUUCUUGUACUAUCCACGCCAUUUAAAUGUUUCGAGGUGUUGCUUACAGCCAAUUUGUACCGAAUGUUUUGUCCAAAUUAAAAGAUUGGACCCACACCCACCACACGAUGAUCCCUCAAAUCAGCAAGCGGGUGAGCAACCUCAUUCAUUAAUAUCCGAGCCUGCAAGCUGUCCGUACUGUGCAAUGCCUGAUUUCGGUGUAACAUAUGAGCCUCCACUUGAUAUUCAUACGGGUAUCAACGGCCAACCUCCCGGCGAAUACAAAACCGUGAAUUCAAUUUUGGAAGAUGAAGAUGAAGAUGGAAAUGGAAGUGGAAAUGGAAGUGGAAGUGGAAAUAAAUCAGAGUCAGCGGUUGUUGAUGAUGAUUCGUUUAGCCCCAGCCCCGUGAGAAACCAUGUUGGUUCCCCUACAUCCCCACCUCCAGUGAAUGCGACAAUGAAGACGCAGUUGCUAAGAAAAAAGGGCAGUGGAGGAGGACUAGUAAGCGGUAGUGGUGAUGGUAAUAGAGGGAAAAGAAGAAGAAGUUCGGUAGCGGCGAAUGCACCGGGAGUCAUAACCAUAGAUAUGAUUCGACCAGAUUGGGAGGCAAACUUACAAUCAGCGCGUAGUAAACUUGCUAGAAAAGCAGCUACUGCGACUGCAAUCCAUGCAAGUAAUCUUAUAAUCGAUGGAUCCAACGGACAGAAUGGUGGUGGUGGUGGUGCUAGUAGCAGCAGUAAUGGAAGAGCCAGGUCCAGUACAUCUGGCUCAGGCGCAAAUGAUGGUUUUUCCAUUGUGGAGCAGAGAAUGAUUGAAGAAGCUAUGAGAUUGUCUUUAUUGGAUGAAGAAGAACGCAAAAGGAAAGCUGAAAGGAAAACAAAAAAGUAA